CUCCCAUCGAGGGCGCCUGGCCCGGCUGGGAGCUCUGGUUGCGCUGCACGGGCGUACUGUACACUACCUGUAAUAAGGUGUUGCUGUAGUAGUAGGUUGGUAUCAGUUGGGUCGGUGGCUUGCCCGGCUGGCGUGAAGCGGGCAUGCAAUAACGCAAUUCGCACCUGCCGCUGCCGCUGCCGUUGCCGGAGCUGGUGUCCCAGGGGACGAACGGACGGGGUGGUUCAUCUUGUCCAUGUCUCUCCUCCUCCUCCUCCUCCUCCUCCCCUCCCCUUCAGCCGCUCGAAUCCUCCCCUUCUUCUUCCAUUCCAUACUAUUGGGCGCGUCGCAGCAGUAGUACCUCUUGACGACGACGACGACGACGAGCCUACGAUUCGUCCUCUAAGCCCGUCUUCCCACCACCGACACCGCAACAAUGUCUGACCUGAGCAAGAACUUUGAGACGCUGCAGCUCCACGCGGGCGCGCAGCCUGAUCCCACGACCAAGUCUCGUGCUGUGCCCAUCUACGCGACUACGAGCUACACCUUCAAUGACUCGGCCCACGGGGCGAGGCUCUUUGGCCUCAAGGAGUUUGGCAACAUCUACAGCCGCAUCAUGAACCCCACCGUCGACGUCUUUGAGAAGCGCAUCGCGGCGCUCGAGGGCGGCGUCGCCGCUCUCGCCGCCGCGUCUGGCCAGGGUGCCCAGUUCAUCGCCAUAAACACGCUCGCCCAUGCCGGUGACAACAUCGUCUCCACAUCUAACCUCUACGGCGGCACCUACAACCAGUUUAAGGUCUUCCUCCCGCGCCUAGGCAUCCAGACCAAGUUCGUCGACGGCGACAAGCCCGAGGACAUCGCCGCUGCCAUCGACGAAAAGACCAAGGCCGUCUACGUCGAGAGCAUUGGCAACCCGCGCUACAACGUCCCCGACCUCGAGGCCAUCGCAAAGGUCGCCCACGAUGCCGGCGUGCCCCUCGUCGUCGACAACACCUUUGGCGCCGGCGGCUACUUCAUCCGCCCCAUCGACCACGGCGCCGAUAUCGUCGUCCACUCGGCCACCAAGUGGAUCGGCGGCCACGGCACCACCAUUGGCGGCGUCAUCGUCGACUCGGGCAAGUUCGACUGGGGAAAGCACGCCAAGCGCUUCCCCCAGUUCGUCGAGCCCUCCGAGGGCUACCACGGCCUCAAGUUCUGGGACACCUUUGGCGCCAUCUCCUUCAUCAUCCGCGCCCGCGUCGAGAUCCUGCGCGACCUGGGCGCCGCCCUCAACCCCUUCGCCGCCCAGCAGCUGCUCCUCGGCAUCGAGACGCUCAGCCUGCGCGCCGAGCGCCACGCCACCAACGCCCUCGCCCUCGCAAAGUACCUCGAGAAGAGCCCCUACGUGAGCUGGGUCUCAUACCCGGGCCUUGAGAGCCAUCCCUACCAUGAGGCCGCCAAGAAGUACCUCAAGAAGGGUUCCGGCGGCGUCCUGAGCUUCGGCGUCAAGGGCGGCGCCGAUGCGGGCAGCCAGGUUGUUGACGGCUUCAAGCUCAUCUCCAACCUGGCCAACGUUGGCGAUGCCAAGACGCUCGCCAUUCACCCUUGGACAACGACGCACGAGCAGCUCUCGGACGAGGAAAAGGCCAGCUCCGGCGUCACGCAGGACCUGAUCCGCAUCUCGGUCGGCAUUGAGCACAUCGACGACAUCAUCGCCGACUUCGAGCAGUCCUUCAAGGCGGCGUCGUCGGCAACCACCUCUGGCAACGGAUCCAAGCCUGCCGAGGUGACGUCCAAGGACCAUGCCGAGGCGCCCGUGGCCCCCUAGAUGUAUGGGCAUGGCGACGCUGUGAUGACAGAUGAGCGUUGGGAGGCUGUUCGAAUACCCAUGAUGACCCGAAUAAAUGAAUGAAAG